GUCUCAUUUUUCGCGCGCGCUAUUUAAAGGUCGUGGUGGUAUUUUUGAGUUAGAUUUACUGUUUUGAACGUAAAUUACGCAUCAAAACUACUGUUCACACUAACUGAAUUUAUUUCAGUCAAAGCGAUAUUUUAAUUGUGCGUUUUGAUUUUGCUUCUGUCUAUUUAUUACAUCACAGCAUACUUGGUUGACUUUAAGAUACUGAAAGAUUUUCGGACAGCAGAGCAAAUCAUUAUUUACUUUUUGGUUGACUUGUAUGUGAAAGUUCAGCAAACCAGGCGACCAAAGAUCCUUUAUUUUGGUUUUGGAUGAUUGACUGAAUUGAAAUGUCUGAAUGUCUAUUUUUUGUUGACUGCUACUAAAUUUAUUUAAUGGAAUCAGAUCCUAUCAGUACUAACGAACCGUGCGACGUUCUUCUAAUGCAAUCAAGUAUACCUAUGAAUGUAAACGACGACGAACAUGAGACUAAAUCAGAUACUCUUACACCAAUUGAACAAAUCGACUACUCGGUACCUGAAAGAUCAGAUGAGCUGAACAAUGAUACACCAUUCCAUGAAAAGCAGAUUCCAGAAUCCUCUAGUCAACAGGAAGACAGUCUCUCUGAAGACAUAAACAAGCCAGAUCAAACCCAUUCAUAUUUCCCUGAGGACGAUGAUUCAUCCACUUUACAGCACAAAAACCUCAGACCUCGACGGUCUAUAAGAAAACGAUUUGUCGAGAUACAAGAGGACGAAUGGGAAAGGCUCUUGAGUGAUGAUGUCUCUCUUCAUGAGUAUGAUCUUAGUCAAUAUGUAGAUAUGGAAGGAGAAUCAAUUAAUACAUGGAUUGCUGUAGAACAAAUAUUGGGGAAUCGUAAAUUAAAGAGUUCAAAGAUUACGAAAGCGAUCAGUGAAGCUGUAAGGAGCUUUUCAUCCAACAACAAAGAAAUCGUUGAACAAGAAUAUUUUGUUAAAUUUAUUGAUCAGUCCUACUGGCAUUGUGCAUGGAUGAGUGGAGCAGUUCUUUUCACCCUUAACCCGAGUAAAAUACGUGCUUAUUUCAGGACUAAACAGAAUACCAGUAAUCAGAAGCUAAACCCGAAUAGCUCCAAAUUAAGUCCAAAUCAUGAAUGUGGCCAAAUAGAGAAUGGAGAUCAUGAUAUUGCCUCAAACUCUGGGUCUAAACUAACAACAUUGGUUUCUCAUUCGAGUGAAGAAGAGAGUGACGUUGAAGAUAAUUUAAGAAAAUGGAGUAAGGAUGCUGAGCUGGACGUUAAUGAGUGGAUUGCUAAUUAUCCGAAACGUGCUGGUUCACGUCGUCGCUAUCUUCUACGAUGGGGUGUCGAAAGUCACACACUUAUUCCUGAACGUGUUUUAGCUGUUGGGGAUUCAUUCACUCCUGAAAGGUUUAAAAAGGUUGAGGGAAUAGACAGCAAAGACAAAUCUAAUCGACCACCUAAUACAAUGAAGUGGCCAGAAUAUAGAGAAGUCCUUGUCAAAUGGUUGCAUUUGCCGUAUAUUUAUGCAACGUGGGAGACAGUUGAAUCAGAUAUAUUGAGUUUGAACUCUCGUGGAGUUGAUCAUAAAAGUCAAAAAAGUGCAUACAAAGUUCUUGAUCCUUGCGGACGCAAUUUAUUACCACGUCUAGUGAGGCGACAUAUCAUUAGGCUAGCUGAUAAAUAUUGCUCUCGUGUUGCGACCAUACUAUGUGAUGUAUACGGAAAUCAACUUACACCGGGAAGAAAGAAUAGAAGUACCGGAAAUUGGAAAUCAAAAUGGAUCGAUGAACAACCUUCUUAUUUGUCCCCAAUUCACCACAGAGUUCUUCAUCCUUAUCAAAUAGAAGGUGUGAGAUGGUUAUGGCAUGCAUAUCAUAAUAAUAUCAACGCUAUUCUGGCAGAUGAAAUGGGCCUGGGAAAAACUGUACAAGUGAUAGCUUUACUAUAUUCACUCUGGAAGGAAGAGAAUGAUUAUGGACCAUUUAUCAUAAUGGCGCCUCUGUCAACGUUACAGAAUUGGGAGAGGGAAUUUUCGAUAUGGGCACCUGAUUUUUACAUCGUUGUUUACAGUGGCGACAAACAAGUUCGUGCAUUGCUUCGAGAAUAUGAAUUUCGUUUACGAAAUGCUGGAGGAAUACCUGCGUUCCAUGUACUGAUCACCAGCCAUGAAUUAGCUUGUAUUGAUCGUUCAUUUUUGAAGAGUUUUGAUUGGAGUGCUUUAGUUGUGGAUGAAGCUCACCGUCUGAAAAAUAAACAGUCUCGUUUUUUCAAAGAUACUAGUCAGUAUCAUACUAACUUUAAAAUCCUCUUAACUGGAACGCCAUUACAAAACAAUUUAGAAGAAUUAUUUCACCUAUUAAAUUUUGUUGAACCGAAAAAAUUCACUGAUUUUCGAGCACUAAGUGAACAAUGGGCUGAAAUGCCAAAAGCUGAUCGUAUUAAAAAUCUCCACGAUUUACUCAAGCAUCAUUUAUUAAGGCGAUUAAAGUGCGAUGUAAUCCAAGAUUUACCAAAGAAAACUGAAAUUAUUGUUCCAGUUGAUAUGACUUUACUUCAGAGACGUCUUUAUAAAUAUAUUCUAACAAAUAAUUAUGAGGAAUUACGAUGUGGAAAUCUAAUAAAUAGUAUUAUGCAUUUGCAAAAGGUGUGUAAUCAUCCAUAUUUGAUGCAAGUUGGAGAUGCUAUUGCACCACGCUUAAACCCAAACGACGAAACAAAUGGGCCAUACGAACCCAGAGCUUUGGUACAAGUCAGCAGUAAAUUGGUUGUAUUAAUGGAAUUACUUCGUGGAUUGUUUGUUGAUGGUCAUCGAGUAUUGAUUUUUUCCCGCUUCACAAUGAUGUUGGAUUUAUUGGAAGAGGUUUUGACUAAUGCCAGGUAUAAAUAUGUUCGUAUUGAUGGUCGUGUGCGGGGUCCUUUAAGGCAAGUUACUAUCGAUCGUUUCAAUGCUCCCAACUCGGAAUUCUUCAUUUUCCUUUUAUCUACUAGAGCCGGUGGAGAAGGAAUCAAUCUUGCUUCAGCUGAUACAGUCGUGCUGUAUGAUUCUGAUUGGAAUCCUCAGUGUGAUUUACAAGCGCUUUCUCGGGCUCAUCGAAUUGGUCAAUCUAGGCAUGUUGUUAUCUAUCGGUUCAUAACACGUCACAGUAUUGAAGAGAAAAUAUCUCAGGUGGCUAGGCGUAAACUUGCCCUUACUCAGUUAGUUGUCAAUCAAAAUCAGAAACGUCCAAAGGCACUGGGAACUUCGAUUCCCGCAUCAAGUCAACAUGACUCGACUCAAGACAAUAACGCACCAAACACAGACUCAAAUUUUGAUAACUCUAGAGUUAACCAAGAUUGCGUCUCCAGAUCUGAUCAAGAUACUAAUCUUGCAGAAUCAACACAAACACAAUCGAAUACUAAAUCAGUAAGCCGGCUAUCACGUUCAGAAAUGGAUGAACUUUUACGCUCAGGUGUAGAAGCUCUGUUUGCCACAGAUGAUCCUUACACUACAAAGGAUUUGUACGAUGCGGCUCGAGUAGAUGAGAUUGAAUCGAAAGAUACUUAUCAAAGAAUUGUAUAUGAUUCACAGGCUAUUUCCAAACUCCUGGAUCGUUCAAAAAUGAUGGCUGAUUCCGAAGAGACUGUUCCAGCUUUUGACGAAUAUUUAAGUGCGUUCCGAGUAGCGCAUUUUGACGAAAUGAACGCUGAGCCUGUGGAUUGUUUUGUAACAAAAAAUAAUGAAGAGCAGGUUAACAGAAUGGAGAUCUCUGAAAAAAAUCCUGAAUCAGUCAAUCCAACCAUGGUUACUGAUGGAACAUAUGCUGAAUCUAUCGGGUUUGCUGAUUUUUGGGACAGACUGCUACAUGAACGCUAUGAGCGUCUCUUGAAUACUGAAGUUGAAGCGACAAGCGAAUCCAGAAGAAACCAUCGAACCAUGCAUAACCAAAGUAUUAGAGACGUAGUAGGUGAUAAUUCUAGUGAUUUGAACAAAGAAUUACAACUAGAAAAGGAUGAUGAAAAUUCAACUGAUUCAUUUAUUAGUGAUAAAGAAAAACUGUUUGAUAGAACCAAAGCUGUACGUGAAGUGAUUAAGUUACGUUUGUCCCGGCAAGAAAGACGUAAGGUUUUCAAUCUUUAUCAUGGAUUUGAGGAUGAAAAACUGGAAUUGUUAGUUGCUGAACUCCAAAACAAAUAUGGGAACUUGGGUCAUCAAAAACCAAAAGCUAGACCCUGUUCAUCUAAACCAAUGCCUGCCUCUGUCAAACGAGCUCGGUCAUCAAGAGUAACUUCAAAAAAACCAUAUGAUCGAAAUGCUUUUGAGAAGUCUAAUACUUACCACGUCACAGAUUUCGAAGAUUCUUUAGAGGAAUGCUCUAUGCCAGACAUUACUAGUGAUGAUGAUCCCCCUUAUCUGCCGUCUGACGGAACUGAUUCAGUCGAACCAGUUAAAGAUUCACUAGCAUCAAGUCGUACUCGAAGGUCUAGCACUCAUACGUCUUUGCCAACUUCUGAAGCUAUUGUUGACAGCAGUGACAGUGAAGAGUUUCUUCUCUGGGAAUCAUCUGCUAAUGCAGUCAAUCCAGUUUGUUGGUAUCCCACAGCUGAUACUUAUGCCAAAUGGAGAGCACGAGUUUCCGAUCUUGGUCAGCAUAUCACAUGGCAUCGGGAUGAGUUAUUUAUAUAUAACUUUGGCCCUAAUGAUCGUCAAUUAUUCAACAACGCAGUUAUGAGGUUCGGUCUUCCACCACCUGGUAUUGUCCCACCUCAAGACUGGCUUCCGCCAGCCUUAUAUUAUAAAUCUCAAUUUCAAUUGUUUGGUUACGUAUGUCUGUACAUGAAACAUUUAUACGAUGACCCGAAUGGAUUAGAUGAAUCUGAAGAAAGUUGGUCCGAUGGUUUACCUAAAGAACAUUUAUGUGUUCCUGCGGUGCUUUCACGUAUUGCAGUGAUGGCGUUGAUUAGAAAUAAAGUAUUACAAUAUGAAGAUGUAAAUGGACCGACAAGUAUUUCUACUGAUAUUCAAAGUCCCACUUUCAAAUUUGCUAUACACGAAGGUGGUUUGACGUUAUUACGUUCUGUGUGGAAUGAAGAAUGUGCAAAGAUCAGUAAUAUUUGUCAAACAAUUCAAUCUCAUUCAGAAAUAGCGAGAAAUUCAGAGUUAAUAAUAAAAACCCAGAGAAUAUGGCAUUCACGUCAUGAUUACUGGCUUCUUGCUGGCAUACUUGUUCAUGGCUAUUCUCGAUGGGCUGAUAUAUUAGCUGAUCCACGUUUUCGUAUUCUUAAUUUUGGAUUGUCAGGAGUUCUAAAGGGUAUGCAUAAGCUUAUGAAUGCUGAUUUAAGUUCACAUGGCACAUCAUCCACUUCUCGUCAAACUCCUUCUGAAUCAACUGAAGCUCAAGCAUUCCUAUUAGAUCGCUUGAAAUUACUUGAACAAGCUUUAAUUGUCGAACAAACGUUGUACGAAGUCGCUGAAGCUGCUCUUAGUAGUACCACACACCAAAAUCAACUGGACCCAGUUCGUACUAGAAAUUUGGCUAUUUGCCUAUCUAAUAAAUUAAUCCAAACAGGAGCUCGUAAACGAAUUGCUUUACCUAAGGAUCCAAGGGCAAGAGAAGCUACACGUACAGUAGUACAAAAUCUACAAGAAUUGUUAGAAGAUAUGUACGCAGAUUUUCCUGGUAUGCCCGCUUCAGUAACAUUCACUGGAGACGAUGAUGCCAAUGCAAAAGAAAAAUUGAAAAUAAUAUCAAGUGGAAAUACAAAUAAUAUUGGUAUUACUAACAGUGGUCGUCCAUGUCAUUUACCAAAAAGUUUCGGGGAAAAAACAGAAGUAAAUUUAUGCGACGAUGAUGAUAUUGAUAGCACUGGUGAUAGUCGGCGUGAAAACGAUAAUAGUCAAGCUCCUGCUGAUAAAAUAAUUUGUCCUGAUAUGGAAAAACUUCAUCCAGAUAGUUUGAUACCUCGACCAGGAUCACUAAAACUCAGUAGCUCACCACAAUGUGAACAGGGGAUUUUUAUCGAAUUGUCUGAUGACGAAGAAGUUUCGAGUUCUAUUCCUGAUACCGACGGUGCUGCUGAUCAACAAGCAAACUGCGAUUACGACAAGACUUACAUACAGUCUAACAUUGGUGCUAAUAACGAUAAUGAUACUAGUGAACACUGUGCAUUACCUAAUCUACCGAACUCAAGGGAUGAUGAUCUGAUUCAUCCAAUUGAAUAAUUCACUAUAUAUUCCAUUUUCAUUGAAAUUAUUCUGUACAAAAUCCCCUUUCCAUAGCCUGUAUUGUUUUACAAGAAAUGAUCACAUGCUUAUUACAAUGUUGUUCUGUCAAAAUUGGAUUGCUUGUCUGCUUUACUCUUCUCUAAACCGUGUACCUAAGGUACUUUUAAAUCUAGUUUACGAUGAAAGGGAAUUUAAGGUCGCAGCAUGAGCCUAAUUAGUUAUGUUGGCUGUUUAGACAGAAUUUAAUUAAAUGAUUAUUUUAGAGUACUUGAUGUAUAUUACUAGUGAGUAAUUUACAAAUUCAUGACAGUGUUAAUGUAAACGCAUCCUUGAAUCACUGUAUUAUUUCAUGGAAUUUCAAAGGAUCGAAUUAGUCUUUCGUCGUAAUAUAAACCGUAAAUAAACUCCACAAUAAAUAAUACUAAGUAUUAUUUGUUUAGAGUAAUAUCAGCACUAUAUUUUAUAGCGCUGACUGGGCAGUGGUUCUUAUCGAACGGUACUUUAUACGUCUUGAGUUUGCAUGGCGCAGAUGGAAUACUAAGAUAGCAACGUUCAAAAUCCUGUCAACAAAUAAAGGUUGAUGAAAGAUCCCGCAUAAAAAGUUGACUUGCUGGUUUUAUUGUCCUCAUUCGGUUUUUCAUUGUUACACUAUCGAAUAUUUACUAAUGUUUAUUCAUAGGUUUUGAAUGCCACCUUAAUUAAAACCUGUCAACAUUCAUCCAACCCUUAAACUCAUCGAAUGACUAUAUCUCUCAAUGACUUGGUAAAUUGGCUCCAUAUCACUCCAUUUGAAUUGUCUGUCCACAUAGUUGGAAUUAUUUUCAGCUUAAGUAUAGCUGUUCUUUGGGAUGAAAAGAUCUUGGAUAUACUGUGUACAAAUCAAAAGGAGAUAGUCCUAUGGUGGGUUUUUUUGCCGUUAUGGUGUGCCGAUGCUCUUGUCUCUUAUUUUAAUCUUGUGAUAUUUUUCAGACGUAUACAUUAUCACAAAGUAAGUUCAGACGAAAUAUACUGUUUUACAUGUGCUCAUGUCUCUUCUUGUGAACAUAAAGUAAUUUGGGUUUUUCUUUCCCUUAGGUUGUGCGUCAAAAUCUCUGUCAUCAUGGAUUUCGUCCUGAUUAUCUACCUUCUCCGCCGUGGUCAUCUGUCAUCUUAGAUACCACUUAUAAAUUAGUUUUUGAUUUUUGUAUUUUUGCUUUCAAAUUAUUACUUUUCCGAAAAUUAGUUUAUAUAAGCCAAAGUAAUUUUACUUACGGCACGGUUUUUUCUCCAGUUAUCUGUGUUAUGACAUUAGUACUUCUGUCAAUAUGUAUAAAAAAUUGCAGGAACAUUAGUAAUUAAGAUGUAGUGCAUUUCAUUCUAGGACAUCCUUUUAAUUCUCUUUUGCUUCAAGAAAUCAUCUUUUGUUGUAUACUUUAGCAUUUCUAUUAUCACACUUCAAGAUUAUUUACAAUAAUUUUUUUGGAGAAAUGAAUAAAAAGAAGUCAGUUGGUAAAGAUG